GGAGGUAUUGAGCCGCAAAAGUCGAAUCUGUGAAUAUCUUGCCAACUUUACUGAAGUCCGUUAAAGCUUCAGCUACAGCUCCGGUUUAAACCAAUUACACUAAUGAAGGUGAUUAAAGUCCCGGACUCACCGGACUCAUCUCAGCGGGACUCCGUUUUUCCGCCGUUUAUCUCCGCAGCAUCCAUUCCCCCCCUCCAUCCAUCCCUUCCUCUAUAUCCACUCCUCCAUCCAUUCCUUCCUCCCUCCACCCGUGCCAUGCUCAGGUUCGGAGGAGAAACUCCUCUCUGAGGAGGGUUGUCGUCAGAAACACGAAAAAACUCGCUCCCAGUCGGAUUUCCUCUCGUGUCUUCUCUCGGUGGUGAUCUGUGAGCGUCGGUCCAUCUGGAUAUUUUUUAUUAAUCUUUCGGGGCAAUAUGGAUUCAGGUUUAUUUAUAGGUGCACCUUCACAAGCCGGACGUUUUAAAACUUCAUGCAUCGUCUGCUCCGUGGUCCUCAUCCUUAACUCUCUAAACUUUCAUUCAGUCACUUUUCCAUCAGUCAUCAUUUAUCAUUCAUUAGUUUUUCCUCCGGACCAGAUGUCGGAUGUUUCAGAUUUUUCAUGCUGAGCUUGUUCCUGAUCUGGAUUUACAUCUGGACCCCGAGGAGCAUGCUUUUAUCUGUUCGUGACAUUUUCUGUUUUAAUGACGUUUUUAAUCUGCUGGAUUCUGACUCUUUCCCCUGAGAGAGUGAGCCCUGCUGAGGAGUGAAGAAGGGUUUAAACCUCUCAGCAGAAUUACAAACCAUUAAGAUUCAACCACUUUGGGUUUCAAAUAGACUAUUACGUCUUGAUGAAACUCUUUAUUUAUUAGAAAUGAUUCAGGAUGUCUUGAAGAACCUUCAACAAAUUUGAGACGUCAGAAUCCAGUCUGAGGCUCAGAACGCUUCUUUGUGGGGCUCCUAAAAGUCUGUGGAAGAAGAUCCUGAAGAUCAGCAGGAACCUAAAGAGAGCCAUAACAGGACUGUGUGCAGGUCCAAAUAACAUCAUCAAGGUGCUUGAAGGAAACCAAACCCUGAAGGUCCUGAAGACCUCUCAGAGAUCCUGGUACUGCAGCUGCCCUGUUGGGACCCAGACCCCUGAGGUGCCGAUGGGGACCCUGAGGGACCUUCAGUAUGCCCUUCAAGAGAAGAUUGAGGAGUUGCGGCAGCGUGACGCUCUUAUUGAUGAGCUGGAACUGGAACUGGACCAGAAGGAUGAGUUGAUCCAGCGUCUGCAGAAUGAGUUGGACAAGUACCGCUCUGUGAUCCGGCCAGCCACAGCUCAGCAGGUCCAGGCCCAGCAGCAGAGUCUCGUUCUGCAGCCGGACCAGCACCGUAGCAAGAGGCAGGCCAUCUCUGCUGAACCCACGGCAUGUGACAUCAGUGACCUGUGCCACGUCACGCUGCCUUUCUAUCCCAAGAGCACACAGUCCAAGGAACUGAUAAAGGAUGCCAUCCUAGACAAGGGGAAGGUGGAGGUGACCAAAGAGGAGAUGAAGCUGUGCACCAUGGGACCAGGAAAGGUGUUUGGAGAGCUGGCCAUCCUCUAUAACUGCACCAGGACGGCCACUGUCAGAACCCUGACCCAUGUGAAGCUUUGGGCCAUCGACCGACAGUGUUUCCAGACCAUCAUGAUGAGAACUGGACUCAUCAAACAUGCCGAGUACAUGGAUUUUCUAAAAAGUGUUCCUACAUUCCAGGGUCUUUCAGAGGAAACUCUCAGUAAACUGGCUGAUGUCAUGGAAGAGACUCACUAUGAGGACGGUGAGUACAUUGUCCGACAGGGAGCUCGAGGAGACACUUUCUUCAUCAUUAGCAAGGGGAAGGUAAAUGUAACCAAGGGGGAUUUGGCCAGUCAGGAGCUGAUACACCUGCGGGAGCUUGGCAGAGGAGACUGGUUCGGAGAGCGAGCGUUGCAGGGGGAGGAUUUGAGAACAGCCAACGUUGUUGCUGCUGACACGGUCACCUGCCUCGUCAUUGACAGAGACUCGUUCAAGCAUAUGAUUGGUGGACUGGACGAUGUUUCAAGUAAAGUCUACGAGGAUGCUGAAGCCAAGGCCAGGUACGAGGCAGAAAACGCCUUCUUCUCCAGUCUGAAGCUGAAUGACUUCAACAUCAUUGACACCUUGGGAGUUGGAGGCUUUGGACGCGUUGAGCUGGUGCAGCUGAAGAGCGAAGAGGCCAAAACGUUUGCCAUGAAGAUCCUGAAGAAGCGUUACAUUGUGGACACGCGGCAGCAGGAGCACAUUCGCUCUGAGAAACACAUCAUGACUGAGGCGCACUCAGACUUCAUCGUCAGGUUGUACCGGACCUUUAAAGACAGAAAAUACCUGUAUAUGCUGAUGGAGGCCUGUCUGGGCGGGGAGCUGUGGACCAUUUUGAGGGACAGGGGUUCGUUUGAUGAUUCAACCACCAGGUUCUACACGGGCUGUGUGGUUGAAGCGUUUGCGUACCUGCACGCCAAAGGCAUCAUCUACCGAGACCUGAAACCCGAGAACCUGAUCCUGGACAGCAGAGGAUACGCCAAGUUGGUUGAUUUUGGUUUUGCAAAGAAAAUUGGCUACUGUAAGAAAACGUGGACAUUCUGUGGAACGCCAGAGUACGUCGCUCCAGAGAUCAUCCUCAACAAGGGCCACGAUGUCUCCUCAGAUUACUGGUCCCUGGGCAUCCUGAUGUACGAGCUGCUGACCGGCAGUCCUCCGUUCUCAGGUCCGGAUCCGAUGAAAACCUAUAACAUCAUCUUGAGAGGCAUAGACUUGAUUGAAUUCCCAAAAAAGGUCACCAAGAAUGCAGCUAACCUCAUCAAGAAGCUCUGCAGAGAUAAUCCAUCAGAGAGACUCGGAAACCUGAAGAACGGCGUGAAGGACAUCCAGAAGCACAAGUGGUUUGAAGGUUUUAACUGGGAGGGUCUCAGGAAGGGAACACUGACUCCGCCCAUUAUACCCGAGGUCUCGUCUCAGACUGAUACCAGUAACUUCGACAAUUUCCCAGAGGACACAGAGGAACCACCGCCUGACGAUACCUCUGGAUGGGACUACGACUUUUAGAUCCAGCCUGACUUUCUGUGAUAAGGAUGAAGAUCAAAUGUCUGCAGGUGGAACAGAAAUGGAACAUUUUGAUGCCCAGCUGGACUUGUGUAGAUGAGGAGAUCUGAUCUUAAACUGGCUGUCAAUGGAAAAAGAACUCUGGAUGAUGGGACCGAUCCAGUAGGUCCAUCUGAGGGAUAAGUGACGAAACUGAGCACCGGAUCAUGUCCAUCUUCCAUCCUGAGCUCAGGAUCAGCUCUGUAAACAUCAUCUGGAACCAUGGUGGAAGAUUUUUUUUUAUUCAUAUUGUCAGUGCUGUGGAGGUUUUUGGUGAAGUGGACCCACCAGAAUGCACAGAACUUUUUUAUGCCUUCUGACAACUUUUGGUGUGUUUCUCUAUCAGCAGCUGGACCUUUCUGGGUUUGUUGAUGCCAGAUGAGUGUUCUGAAUCUUCUAGCAGGAACGGAACCGACCAGUUCUUCCUGUUUAACAAAGUUCUUUUUAGUGGUAAAAUAGCAUUUAAUAGAUCCUUCUGCCUUUAAACAUCAUCACUACUUUCAUUGAAUCUACCUAAACGAGAUCAAACCCUGAACAGCUGAAGAAACCUCAAGAUAGAAAUAAGAAAAUAAAUCCCUAAAUACAUUUUAGUAUCUUAUGUACAGAUUUUUGAAAGUUUAGCAAAAAGAUCAAAUUCAGGUUCUUUCAUUUCAUCAGUUGAAUUGGCUGAACACUUUAUCUUAAAGGGACUUUACGGAGUUUUGAUUUUUUAUGCUCGCGAUUGCCCCCUCAGGCCAAAAACUUAACGGCAGCUUCAAUAGUAGGCUCGUGCACGAGGCGUGCAUGCUGUACGUGCACGUCCCUUAACGAAAAUACAGCUGAGACAGUCAGCUCCGUGUGUGAGUGUGUGACAGAGGACAGGAGAACGCGCAGCUAAUUAAUUAAAUAAUUUGGUUCUGUACCUUUCAUUUCAGCACCAUAUGUCGAUGUUCAGCACAGCUGACAAAGGUUUAAGAUGGGUCAGUCCGUCAGCUUCACAGAUCAUUCCCUUCCCUUGCUUGAAAAAUUGUUCCAAAGUGAAAGUUGAACCCACAUCUUUUUUAUCUGUGAAUUCAAAGCCGUUCGGCGAGUCUCAAAUAAAAUUUUGGGCAUCUUACUGUAAAAAAUAUACCAUUAAUGUAAAAAAUAAAAUCUACAUAAAUUACAUUCACAUCAAGAAUCAAACCCGGAUCUUCUGCACGAGAGUCUGACGUCUGAGCUACAGCGCCAGUAACGUCUUUCUUAUCUGUAACUUUUAUAUCCUUGAUGACAGCUGAAACAACGUUCAAAGAACUGUUCGGAGCGAAAAUGGCUACGUUGUUGCUAAUUUGCAGGAAAUAUCUAGAAGAAAGUAGCUAAGGGUCCUCAGAAAUGUAGCUAGGUUCAUCACUAGGCGUUAGGAACAGCGACAAAGUCACUGAGUUGGCACUGCCUCUCUCUCUGCUGCUAGAGCUACUGAUAGCAAAUGCUACGGGCGAUGCCUGAGCGUGAACGCGCAUGAAGCAGCCUGCUCGACCAGAGCAUCUCUUUUUCUGUGAUUUUACAGAAAAACAGGCAAUCACAGUAAAAAUGCCAGGGCUCAUUCUACAGGACCAGGGCAUUGCAGGAGAAUGUAUGAAGAAGAAAUUUAUUAUUUCUAUACAUGUUUUGGCUGUCAAACUUCCAUAAUGCCCCUUUAUGUCUCAAAAUUAAGUGCAAAGGAAAUUAUGCUAAAAAAAAAGAUAAUUUAUCAUAAAAAUGUUAACACAUAAAAGGUUCACCACAGAAUAGUUUGUUCAUUUAAAAAUUUUUAAAAGUAAAAUAAUUUACUGGGAAAGCCUGAAGUGAUUCUGGCUGAGAAACAUGGGAAUGAAAACAGUAAAUCAAACCUUUCAGGGCUUCUUUGUUUUUCUGCGGCUGAGUUUUGUUUUCACUCAUCAGUCACAGAUCACAGGACUUCUCACACAACAACGCUUCAUCAGAGAUUGUGACUCUUAAACCUGCUGCAUCACAAGUGCUACACCUGAAUAAUCAGCCCACUAAAGCCUAGCGUUGUCCAGGACCUCUGGAAUCAAACGUCUCUGGUCCAUGAAACCUGAAUCUCAGAUUAUAGAGGAAGAAAUGGAGUGAACCUCUGCAGAAGGACAGAUGGGACUGAUUCUAGGUUCUGUGUCCGUCAGCCAAACGGAAACUUUGCUUCUCUGUCAAUGGUGUUUGCUUGGUUCUUACAACUCUGUUCUGCCUAUAGGCAGUGCCAUUAUUUCUUCCCAGCAGUUACUUUACAGCGUAUUGAGUGUGAGGGGUUGAGAAGGGUUAGAGUCGGGUUGCUAACCCAUUGCUAGGCCAAAUCUAUCCAUUGCUUUAGCAACCUCAAGCCACCGCCUGGCACCUCCGAUGCUGAUUUUUGGGAGAAACAUCUGUUGCUCUCUCUGUGGCGACUCAACAAGCUAGGCGGAUCCAUGAGACCCCACCCUUGCCUUCUAACAGACAAACAUUUAUGGAUAACCAAUGCUUCCUACAUGCAGAGAUUUGCUCUUCCACACUUUGGUUUUUUAUCAGAUGAAAAGACAGUGAGGCACCGGCUGGUGAUCUGUCUGCUCUAAGAAUUGUGAUCCUGUCAGUGAAUCAAAUUAUUCUGCUGCAGUUUGCACUUUGAGCCACUAGAUGUCACUACACACAACUCACUGGUCCUUUAAUUUCUGAAUCUUCACCUGUCAAUAUGGUUGUGCUAACGUUUGUCUGUUUGUUCUGAACCUUAGAUAUUGCAGUGAUCAUAUACUGAGUGAUCAGAACCAAGUGAACAACAGAGGGAGUUCAAACUGAUUAAAACCUGAUGUACAUAUCAGAUGAGGACUAAACCUCACCUGGAUCUGACUCUGUUUUUAAAACUGCAAUUAACAUAAAAGUUAAAGAUCAAACCAUGGUGCUUCUGCCAUUUGCAUGCUAACUAAGUGAACGUUAAAGUCUGGGACAGACAAGCAGUUUUUCACUUCCUUUUAUAUGUUAAAGUGACACAUCUGGUUGUUUAUGAUGCAUUUUGUGGCAGCUUUUAACAGAGGUGAAGAGUUGUUUUACUUUUGUAUGGAGCUUUUGUAUUAGCUGUCUGAAUUUUCAGUGAUAUUUUUGUAAACUGAUUAGUGCUGUGAAGUCUCAGCAUGAUGACUGUGGUGGCAGUGCUUCAUUUCCACCACCAAAUAGCAGAGCCUGGUGAGUUAGCCUAGCUUGGCAUAAAAACAGAACAUAAGAAUGUUUCUUAAUCCCAUUCAACUGACAGGGUUCUUAGUUUGGUUUGCUGAAAUAAAGAUAAAAACGCAAAGAUGCUA